AUGUCCGAGACUAACGACCUGCGACCAGAUAACGCGAAUAGCGUUGAAAAUGGUGAAAAAAACACUGAUGAAGGAUCAAAAGCGGUUGAAAACGAGAGUGUUGAUCUGAACCCUAACGAAGAAGCGAAAGUUACUGAAGACGGGACCAAAACCUUGGAAACUGGAGAAAAUGACGCUGGAAACAGGGUUUCGGCCGCUGGAAAUGCUGGCAGUGAAGGUCAGAACACAACAGGGGUGAAAAGAGCUCGCGAGAACUCCACUGGAAACAUUCAGGACAACGAGGCAUCAUCCACAACAGACGGCGAGAAAGGCCCUGUUAAGACCAGUUCAGAAGGUCAUUCUGAGAUUAAAGAUAGCGCACAGACUUCAGUUGGAAAGAUCGACCAAGACGACGACAACGACAACGACAACGACAACGACAACGACAACGAUAACGAUGACGAUGACGACGAGGAGGAGGAAGACGAAGAUGAAGAAGGCCCUAGAAAGAAACAGCGCCAGGAGAGAAAUCGAUUCUUAGAUAUUGAAGCUGAGGUGAGCGACGACGAUGAAGAAGAAGAAGACGAAGAAGAAUCGGAACUGGUCCGCGAAGGUUUCAUUACGCGCGGUGACGAAGAGGAUGAGGACGAGGCUGCGGGACCAGAGCGUGGCGAUAGAUUACAUCGUCAGCUGGAUCAAAACCUAAGCAAGAAUUCCGAAGAAGAUGCUCAAAAACUGGCAAAGGAACUGAGAGAGCGUUACGGUAGAAGCAGUUCAAAACAGUACAGGGCUGCUGCUCAGGAUGGUUACGUCCCACAGAGAUUUCUUCUGCCCAGUGUGGACACUGCCACUAUCUGGGGUGUCAGAUGUAGACCUGGUAGAGAAAAAGAUAUCGUCAGAAAGCUGCUUAAAAAGAAGUUCAAUCUGGACAAGUCAAUGGGGAGUAAAAAGCUGAAAAUCAUGUCGAUUUUCCAGAGAGACAACUACUCCGGGAGAAUCUACAUCGAAGCCCCUAAGCAAUCUGUUAUCGAAAAAUUCACGGCAGGUGUGUCAGAUAUUUAUCCAUCCCAGAAACUUUUGAUUCCAGUGCAGGAACUGCCCUUGUUGCUCAAGCCUGAUAAGAGCGACGAUGUCAGACUGGAAGAAGGAAGCUACGUGAGAAUAAAGCGUGGGAUUUACAAAGGAGACCUUGCGGUUGUUGAUCAGAUUAGUGAAAAUAAUCUAGAGGUACUACUGAAGAUUGUUCCGCGUUUAGACUACGGUAAGAAUGACGAAGUUGAUGCCGACACAAACACCAGAAAACAAAAGCGGCCAACGUUUGCUCAACGACCUCCUCCACAGCUUUUCAAUCCCACAAUGGCCCUAAGAAUGGACCAAGCCAAUCUAUACAAAAGAGAUGAGAGGCAUUUUACCUACAGAAAUGACGACUACGUUGACGGCUACCUCUUCAAGUCUUUCAGAAUUCAGUACCUUGAAACCAAAAACAUUCAACCCUCUGUGGAAGAGUUGGCUAGAUUUGGUAGUAAAGAAGGCGAUCUAGAUCUAACGACUAUCUCACAAACGAUAAGGAAAGCGCAGGCGGCAAAAGUUACAUUCCAAAUAGGUGACAGGGUCGAUAUUUUAGGAGGUGAACAGAAGGGCUCAAAAGGUUUCGUUACUAGAACUUCAACGGACAUCAUUGCUGUCAACCUUCCCCAGCUAGGAAUGAAAGCAUUAGAGUUUCCAAUCUCUUCGUUGCGAAAGAUUUUCGAAGCCGGUGACCACGUAACAGUUGUCGGAGGUGAUCAUCAAGGUGACGCUGGUUUGGUGCUGGCUGUCAAAAAUGGUCAAGUAACCUUUGUCUCUGACCAAACACGAGCAAACCUCACAAUUUCUGCCAACAACUUGAGCAAGUCUAUGGACUCUACUCCAACUUCAAGUGAAUAUGCCCUCCAUGAUAUCGUGGAACUGAGUGCCAAAAAUGUAGCCUGUGUCAUCCAGGCGGGCCACGACAUCUUCAAAAUUCUCGACGAUGCAGGAAAGGUUUCGACAAUUACGAAGGGCUCAAUUUUGAACAAGAUUAACACACAGCGUUCCAGACUUACGACUGUCGAUAACAAGGGCAGUGAGAUCAAGAUAGGCGACACCGUGGUUGAAAAAGUUGGUGCACGGAGAGAAGGUCAAGUACUGUAUAUCCAGACGCAGCAAAUUUUCAUUGUCUCUAAGAAAAUUACAGAGAACGCGGGUGUAUUCGUCGUCAAUCCGAUGAAUGUUGAGGCUGUAGCGUCCAAAGACAAUGUUGUUGCUGGAGUGGGAUCAAUCGAUCUAAGUAGAAUGAACCCAGACGUUGUAUCAAAAAUGCGUCCUCCGCAGCAGUCUGCAGAACAAAGUCGUAUUGGGCGUGAUGUGGCGCUUGGAAAGACCGUCAGAGUUCGCUCAGCUGGUUACAAGGGACAGCUGGGUAUUGUCAAAGACGUCAGCGGCGACAAAGCUACUAUUGAAUUGCAUUCCAAAAGCAAACACAUCACUGUGGAUAAGAGAAAGCUGAUGUUUUACAACAAAGAGGGUGGUGAAGGUAUUACCUACGACGAUCUUGUUAACAGACGUGGUAGAACACCAAGCAACCGGAUUGGGCCAAGUUACGUCAGUGCUCCCAGAACCAUGGCUACUGGCGGCAUGCCUAUCGGUGCAGGUGGAUCUGGUCCAUCUGGUCUCUCUGGAGGCAUGACUCCUGGUUGGAACGGUGUUGAUGGCGGUAAGACCCCUGCUGUUAAUUCUGGAGCCACAGGAGGCACAUCUGCAUGGGGCGGUGCCUCGACUUGGGGUGGCCAAGGUGGUUCUUCAACCUGGGGUGGCCAAGGCGGCGGUGGCGGUGGUGCCUCCGCUUGGGGCGGCACUGGCGCCACAUCCACUUGGGGAGGAGCAUCUGCCUGGGGAAACAAAUCGAGCUGGGGCGGAGCGUCCACUUGGGCUUCUGGAGGAGAAAACGGAGCACAAUCAACCUGGGGAGGAGACAAAUCGGCCCACGGCGCUGGCUCUGCUUGGGGCGGUCGUGAUGGUGGUACCUCUACCUGGGGCGGUGGCACCAGCCGAGAAGGCGGUAACUCCACCUGGGGCAAAGAUGGGAGCGGCAACAAAUCCGCUUGGGGCGACCAGGGCAAUAGAUCAUCAUACGGUGGUGGCAGCACCUGGGGCGGCCGUUAA